CACGGCAAAGCUUGGAACCUCUAAGUUCCCGGUUGUUUUGUUUUGUUUUGUUUUGGGUUUUUUUUUCCAGGGAAGGUCUCCUUAAUGUGGCAGAAGACGCCCUCUGUUGGAGCAGGUUUCUACAUCCAGCCCUAAUUUUGAGCACCCUUGCGCAAUCUCGUUUGGGGUCUUUUCCCCCCACUGUGUGGCCAGUGCUCAACAGUGUGCGGGCGUCAUGGCUUCGGGGUUGUACGCAGCCCUCCUCCUCGUCCUCCUCCAAGGAGUGUUUCUCGGCGAACUGAAUGCAUCAAGAUUGACUUUGAACCAAGAACUUUCCGACCUUUUCAAUGAGCUGUGGAGGCUGGAUAGCAACCGGAUGACGCCUGGAGUAGAUUACACCAUCUCAGUUCAAGGCCGAGCAGGUUUCGUGAGCCAGGGCAGUCAAGUUGUGAUCGAUCACGCUUCUCUGCCUCUCUUCUCCAACGUCAACGAGCUCAAGAUGAGGAACACCACCACCAUCUUCAGGCUUUUGAAGCUGCUGGAUAACUACGAGAGGUCUACUGGUGUGGCUGAGCGAGUCACAGCUGAGGAGCAGACCGAGACCAGCCUCUUCUUGGAUGCCGUUCUACAGACAGAAGUCAUGAAGCAUGCUCACCGAUAUCUGGUGAGGAAAGGGCAAUCUUCAUCUAACUUGAGACACUUUAAGAGUCAGCUGCACCUGAUCUGGUUUCACCUCUACCACAGACAGAGGAACACCGGGCCUGACUCCUGUGGCUUCGAACACGUGUUUGUUGGAGAGCUCAAAUCAAGCACUGAAAUCACAGGUUUCCAUAACUGGAUCCAGUUCUACAUGCAGGAAAAGGGAAGACUUCUGGACUACAAAGGCUACAAAGCGAGGGAGCGUGAUUUGCCCGACGCCGACGACCAUGUUGUGAGCCUCCAGUUCAGUUGGCACAGCGUGUUGAAACCCGUGGGCAGCUCCUUCAUCGGCACCAGCCCCGAGUUCGAGAUGGCCCUCUUCACCGUCCUCUUCCUGAUGAACACGGAGAGGAGCACCACUGUGCUGGUCAACAUCGACCAGUGUCAGAUGGAGCUGUUGGUCAUCCGACACGGACGCUCCCUCGGAACGGCCUACCCGAGACUGCUCAGUAGCAACAGCAGACACAUUAGGCAGCAGUCGCAAUGAUCUUUUGUUUGAUUUGAUUUGGCCUCUAUUCUACUUUAGGAAGUUGCCCAGUGAGAUAGUUUACCUCUUCGAGGAGGUCCUGGGUAGAAAAUGAUACUGGAAUGUGUCAUAAAAACAAAGAUACCGUAUACUCUGAUCAAACGUAGACAAAAUAACCUAGAAAGGAAGUCAUAAACAAGUAUUGUAUGUAUUGUAGUCCUGUGUCAAUAUUUACUGAUUUACCCAUUAAAAAUUUUGCAACAAAACAUUUUUUUUC